AUGUCACACCUCGUCCCUCUGGCCCUCUUGGCGUCAGCUGCCGCCGCAGCUCCUGCUGGAGGCAAUCAACAGAACGCCGAAACUCAAGAGUAUCUCACGUACCUCAACAAGAACCUCUCAGAGAACUAUGCCUGGUCCCUGCUGGCCUUCGCGGCCUGCAUCUUCAUCUACCGCAGUUCCGUCCGCGUAUACGCACAUAUGAGACAUCUCGCCAGCUUGACUGCCACAUCACAGAAAUAUUUCGCAGAAGGCGACUCGCGUGUCAACUGGCUCAAGCGCCAUAUUCUGUAUGCACCCACAUUCCGUCACAAGCGGGCGACAGAGAUCCAGUUUCACCGGUACCUCAACUUUGGCAGCAUCCCGACUCGUUUCCAGACCGUCUUUAUCACCGCCUGCAUUGUCGUCAACGUCUGGGCUUGCUGUUGGGAGGUGCCCUGGAAUGAUGAGCGUCUCCAAGUUCUUCCCAUCCUCCGCAACCGGACGGGCACCCUCUCUGUCGCCAACCUGGUCCCCGUCCUGAUCAUGGCCACGAUCAAGAACCCACUCAUCGAGAUUCUCGACAUUUCUUACGACACCUUCAACUUGAUGCACCGAUGGCUCGGACGGCUCUGCAUCCUGCAAGGCGUUGCUCAUACCGUGUGCUACAUGAUUGCUAAGGUCGAGAAGGAAGGCUGGGAAGGUCUGAACAAGUCAGUCCAGCAUGAGUUCAUCUAUGCCGGUCUCGCUGCUACCAUUGGCUUCGUCAUGUUGUUCUUCCAGGCUCCCAAAGUCGUGCGAUCGUGGGCAUAUGAGGUGUUCCUACACGCCCACUUCAUCAUAGUAGCGGUAACGUUCGCCUUUCUGUGGAUCCAUCUUCUGGAGUAUCCCCAACUUGCCUUCCUCAUCGCCAGCAUCGCGAUCUGGGCUGCAACCCGUGGAUGGCGCUUCGCCACUCUCGCCUACCGUACAUGGGGAGGCUCCGGCCGCUGCCAGGCUGAGGUCGAGGCCCUGCCUGGUGAUGCUCUUCGGGUCACGCUUACAACCCCUCGCCCCUGGAAGUACAAGUCCGGCCAGUCUCUGUACCUCACCAUCCCAUCUGUCGGCCUCUGGACUGCGCAUCCCUUUUCGAUUGCCUGGAGUGAUGCUGAGCAUGGUCUGUCUCGCUCCACAACUGUGAAAAGAUCCAAUACCGUCAAAGCAUUUGUUGAUCCCGAAAAGGCACCCAUCGUUCGAUCGCGACCCAAGUCAUCAGAGAUGGAAAAGGCUACAUACUCGCUUGUCAUCAAGGCCAGAACCGGUAUGACAGGAAAACUCUACGAUCGUGUUGCCCGUUCCAAUGGUCCUGAGCCUGGCAAGAUGACGUUCAAUGCCUGCAUUGAAGGGCCUUAUGGUGGCGAUCGAAGCAUGGCCAGCUAUGGCACCGUUAUGCUCUUUGCCAGUGGCGUUGGUAUCACGCACCAGAUUCCUUACAUCAAGCAGCUCCUGGAAGGCUACAACGAUGGUACCGUUGCCGCCCGCAGAGUUACUCUGGUGUGGUCAGUCACUUCCACCGAUUGCUUAGAAUGGAUCCGGCCUUGGAUGCACGAGAUCCUUGGCAUUGAGAACCGACGCGAUGUGCUCAAGAUCAUCCUCUACAUUACUCGCGCAGGUCUCAGCCAACCGAUUCGCUCACCCAGUGAGACGGUGAAGAUGCUGAGAGGCCGGCCGGAUGUGCAAUCAUUGAUGGAGGUUGAGGCUGAGGAGCAGUUGGGCUGCGUUGGCGUCAGCGUCUGUGCUGGAGGCGGUCUCGCCGAUGAGGUCAGACGGGCGACGCGUGUCCUUUUGUCCAAAGGGAGCAACGUUGAGUUUGUGGAAGAGGGAUUCGGCUGGUAG